CACACUAUAUAUACUCCCUGCCACUCUUCCAGUUUUACUCUACCAAUUCCAAUCAUCUUCCUCUUUAGUAAAAGAACUAUCUUUUCUCUAAUAACCUCUUGCUUCAGCGCUCAAUCACUGGUCAAAAUUUUUUUAAAACUAGACCAUUUUCAUAAUUUUGUUCUAUAUCCCAAUUUGGUACUGUUCAAUAUUUGUCCAGUUCUCAGUUUUUCUUCGCUCCCUAGCAACUAAUUUCAAAAGAGUAUUUGGGAGGGAGGGGGAGGGAUAUCAUUCUACUAUUGCAUAGGAACCCUUCUUCAGGAAAAUGUGUGUGCUGUUCAAAUUCAAAGGAUGCGUUUUGUGGAAGUUCUUUGAAAUUCUUGAGAAAAAAAUUGAUUUAGAUACAAGCUUCUAUUUUUGGAUAUUCCAGAUUUUCAAUAGAUAUAGCAUUGACACUUAGCUUACACUACUACUUGAUUCACAUUGCCCUGAUCUUCUAGCUGAAGAAGUGCUCUGUUUUCCUCUGUUUUUCUUUGAUAGUCUUAGAGAGUGUGUGUAUAAUUUAGGAUAACACUAACAGAAUGGGAGGAGCUUCACUGCCUCCGGGAUUUCGAUUUCACCCGACUGACGAAGAACUGGUUGGUUACUAUCUGUCAAGGAAAACAGAUGGCCUUGAAAUUGAACUUGAAGUAAUCCCAGUGAUUGAUUUGUACAAAUUUGACCCGUGGGAACUACCAGGUAAUUAAUUUAGUCUACAUAUCAUAUGUCCUCUAGUGGUUACAUUAGCGCGUCAGUCAUUUCACUAAUAAGACACGAUUGAAGACUCCGUGACAGAAAGAUGUUACAGUUGUCAAGGUGGAAACACAAUUCUGUUUGUCUGAGAAAUGUUAAUCAUCCUGGAAAGUUUAUUCUUUUAUAGGUGUUGGUUAUUUCUUUUGUUCUUUAUUAUUCUGUUUAUGAAAAGAGGCAGUCACAAUGGGUGAUUGUGGGACAUGGUACCUUUAAACUUUUCCAAAUCCUUCCAUAUCUGCUCCAAGCAAAUUUCACACUAAAGCAAAACACAACCCUGAUGAUUAACCUGAUAAGUAUAUUACUUUACUAAUGCUUUUGUUGUUGUUCUGAAUUUGCAGAGAAAUCAUUCUUGCCGAAGCGGGACAUGGAAUGGUUCUUCUUCUGUCCCAGGGACAAAAAGUAUCCAAACGGCUCGCGAACUAACCGAGCAACUAAAUCAGGAUACUGGAAGGCAACAGGAAAAGACAGGAAGAUAGUAUGCCAGCAGCCUUCGGUAACAGGUUACCGAAAGACGCUGGUAUUCUACUGUGGAAGAGCUCCACUCGGGGACAGAACCGAUUGGGUGAUGCACGAAUACCGCCUUUCUGAUGAUGUUUCUCAAGGCAGUCCAGUUUUUCAGGGACCUUACGCCUUGUGUCGAAUCAUCAAGAAGAAUGAGAUGAAGGGAAGUGAUUAUCAUCAUUCUUCAGAAUCAACCCUUAAGCAUGUUGGAAGCAGUUCCAGAAUUGGGAAUUCUGGCACAAGUUCAGGCCCAAGUAAUAAUGAUCCUGUGGUUAUUUCAGAUGAUAUUACAAUCCAAACAAGUUAUGUUGGAAAUGAGAGUAAUUCCUCUACUCCAGCUACUUCACCUUAUCAUCAGAGUACACACUUGGGGGGAGAUCAGUAUGAUCAUCACUCUAAUAACACCUACUCUUCAAUGGGAACAUAUAGUAACAAUCUUUGGGUCUCUCCUGAUAUGAUCCUUGAUUCCUCAAAGGACUAUUCUCAAGGACAGGGAGGUGCGCAUGGAUCAUAUCACCCACAGUUUGAUUUCCAAAAUGCAAAUUCCAUGCAGGCAUUCAACCCAUAUGAAAUCUCACCAUGUUCAUCAAACUCAAAUUUUAGAGAGGAAGUUGAACCAAACAGUGAUGAUUUCAGCAGAUAUGGGUGCAUGUCACCUUACACUGUUCAUGGAAGCUACAUGGGAUAUUAUGGGAAUGAGGACAUCAUGUAUGAUGGGUUUGACAUUCCCAAAUCACUUGGGGAUCCAAAUCACUUUUGAAAAUCAGCUCCAAACGAGGACAUCAUAUAUGAUGGGUUUAACACCCUUUUGGACUUUGAAAAUUUGGGAUCUCCAAAAUUUCAAAAUCUUCAUCAGCGCUUACGGAUGCACAAGAGACAAAAUAAUGGUCACAGUUACUACAUUUACCUAGUAUGAAGUCAAAAGCAGAGUACUAAGGAUAUGCCUCCAAGACAACUCUUUUUUAACGUUUGUCUUGGUGUGGUAAAAAACAUGUAUUUUAAGCUUUCCUUUUUCAGAUGUUUAAAUUCUAAAAGUUGUGUCUGAUAAGUCUCUGUAAUAAUUGGUGAUGUUUUUGUUAUCUUCAGUGACUUUCCCAUCCGGGUUUACGCCGUCGUCGUUAAUAAACCUAUCUCUGGCACUCCUCAUUUCUAUGGGUGCACCAGAAGGUUUUGUAUUUUGAAUUUUGAUUUUGUAUAAUCUGUAUGGAAUUGUGUUAUUAUGAAGUAAAGUUUGCCUCAGUUUUUUAAGAUGAC